CGGACGUUCAAAGAGCACUGCAAUGCUAUACUUAUACUUAAUCUGAUAAAAUUCAACUAAAAAUAUAGCAGCGGUGGUGAAAUUCUAAAUCGAUAUCUUCUACCCUUCACCGAAAAUAUAUACCAACAACCAAUAACACGACUUAAAACAAAAGCUAAACCCCCAGGGUCCUUAAUAUGGCUGCAACCCAGGCUGCAAAUUUCGUCGAGAAGGCCAUUGGCCACAGCGACACAGCAACGACCACCACUGACAUCAGCAAUUACAACAAUGAGUACGGUGUCGAGACGGGCGAGAAGAUCCGCGCGACGGUCUGGGAGGGAAAGAAUGAGGUUGGAAUUGUUGAAAUGCCCAAACCACGCAUCGUGGACGCCCCCGACGCCAUCGUCAGAAUAACAGGGAGUACAAUAUGUGGAAGUGAUCUGCACUUAUAUCAUGCCGUAAUUCCCCAACUCCAAAAAGGCGACGUCCUCGGCCACGAAUGCUGCGGAGUAAUCGACUCCGUCGGACCAGGGGUCACAAAAUACAAGCCAGGCCAGCGCGUCGUUGUCUCCUUCCCCAUUGCCUGCGGGACCUGCCGGCGCUGCAAAGCCGAAAUGUACAGCCAGUGUGAAAACACCAACGAGAACAGCAUCACGAACGCAAUGUACGGGAAGCGCACGGCUGGGAUCUUCGGGUAUAGCCAUUUUACAGGUGGCUUUGCCGGAGGACAGGCCGAGUUUGUGCGCGUACCGUUUGGGGAUGUCAAUCUGCUACCCAUCCCCGAUGCGGUGCCGGACGAAAGGGCGUUGUAUUUGAGUGACGUCGUGGCAACGAGCUGGCACUGUGUUGUUGAUACCGGGGUCAACGAGGGCGAUGUUGUUGCUGUUUGGGGUGCUGGGCCAAUUGGGCAGAUGAGUGUGGAAUUCGCGUUCUAUCAUGGGGCAAGUCGGGUGAUUUUGAUUGAUGGCGCGGAUGGAGCGUGGAGGCUGGAUUUCGUGAAGGCGAAGGUGCCCAAGGUUGAGACGCUGGAUUUUUCGAAAUUGCCCAAGGGCGAGUCGGUUUCUAGCCAGCUGCACCAGAUGACGGAACAUUCUUUGGAUGCCUGUUUGGAGUGUGUUGGGGGCGAGUAUGCGAAGGGGUGGGUGCAUUUCUUUGAGCAGAUGAUGGGGGCAGAGACGGAUACCUCAGAGAUCGUGAAUGAGAUGAUUACCUCGGUCAGGCCGUUUGGACGGGUUGGACUAACGGGAGUUUACGCUGGAUUUACGAACCACUUUAAUAUCGGAGCGCUUAUGCAGACCGGUGUCCGAUUGAUCGGGAAUGGCCAGGCUCCGGUGCAUAAGUACUGGAAGGGACUGAUGGAGCUUGUUCAGAAGGGAAAGAUUGACCCGCUCCAUAUGGUCAGCCAUCGACUCCGGCUCGAGGAUAUCGACAAGGUGUAUGCAAUGUUCAACCAACGCGAAAAAGGUAUGCAGAAAGUAUACCUGGAAACGAGACACUCGAAGCCGAGAGCCCCAGAGUCACCAGAGUUGACCAGACUUUGAAUGCGGUCAUUGGAUUUGCUGUAUUCCAAAUUGACUUAUUAGUAUCUGAUAGUUUGAAACAAUAAUAUCACAGGAGUUGGUGGCAUACGGAAUCUUUAUUUUUCUUGUCAACACUCCAAAUAUUACUCUGCAAGUACCGGAUGCAUAUAAGCAACAUCAAAACCCACAAAGUGAACCGGCGAAAGAUAAUGGGUAGCCAUAGCACUAUUAAAAAUAGUUAGAGAAGAAUAGAAAGAGUCAAGAAAG